UCGUUCGUGUCAUGCGAUUGAGGAGGAAGUGGCCGGUGUGUGUGUGUGUGUGAACUGCCGGGACUUCUGCGCGUGUGCGAGAGGGACAAGAGGGAUCAUGACAGGGAGAGUUGGGGAAAGCAAUGUCUGGAGAGAAAGGCAACAGCUGUCAGGUAACCAAGCCCUUGGGAGGCUGAAGGCUUGAGAGAGGGGUAGAAAAGCAAACGUUCCUCUCAUCCCCUUUAUUAUUAGGGCACUGACAAGAAGACAUCAGAAUGGAGUCCAAGUGCUGCAGGCAGCCUGCUCGGUGGGCCAAGUCAGCCACAUAUACAUUCCUUCUAGGAGGUGCCUUUGUAACUUUGGGAUCAAGUCGUAUCCUUCUAAUGAAAUAUUCUGCCAAUGAAGAUAACCGGUAUGAUUACCUUCCUGCAACUGUGAAUGUGUGCUCAGAAUUAGUAAAGCUGGUGCUCUGUCUGGUAGUGGCUCUGUGGGUAACUAGGAAAGGAGGUUGUUCUCAUAGUGGAUUUGGCUGCAGCUCAUGGAGGCAAUUAUGUAGCUAUAUUAAAUGGUCAAUUCCUGCCUUUCUCUAUUUUCUGGAUAACCUGAUUGUCUUCUAUGUCUUGUCCUACCUCCAGCCAGCCGUGGCUGUGCUAUUCUCCAAUUUUGUCAUUAUAACAACUGCCCUCCUGUUCAGAAUAGUGCUGAAGCGGCAGCUCUCCUGGGUGCAGUGGGCUUCUCUGCUGAUUUUGUUCCUGUCAAUUGUAGCCCUGAUGGCAGGGACAGGAAGCGACAAGCAUGGUUUGGCUGUGCACGGAUUUCAUCAUGACAUCUAUUUCAGCCAUUCUAAUAGUUGCCUGCAAUAUGCCAAGCUGGAGGAAGAGUGCUGGGGAAGAGAGAACUGCACGAGAGCAUGGCUCUUCCCCAACCUCAGCUGGAACAUCACCACUGGCACAGGAGCCUUGAGAACUGUUCCUCUUGGACUAGGACAUCUGCUUAUACUAGUGCAGUGCUUUAUCUCUGCCCUGGCCAACAUCUACAAUGAAAAGAUACUGAAGGAAGGAGGGCAAUUCAGUGAAAACAUCUUCGUGCAGAACACCAAACUUUACCUCUUUGGAGCCAUGUUUAAUGCCCUGAUUCUGAGCCUGCGCCCUGAAAACAGGCGCCGGAUAGAAUACUGUGGGUUCUUUUAUGGCCACAACACAUUCUCUGUGGCCCUUAUUUUUGUCACUGCCUUCCUAGGGCUCUCGGUGGCUUUCAUCUUGAAGUUCCGAGACAACAUGUUUCAUGUCCUUUCUGCACAAGUUACUACCGUGAUCAUCACCACUGUGUCUGUCUUUGUUUUUGAUUUCAAGCCUUCCUUGGAGUUUUUCUUGGAAGCUCCAGUGGUACUUUUGUCCAUAUUUAUCUACCAUUCCAGCAGCCCUCAAUGCAUGGAAUACACUGCUCAGUGGGAGAGGACCAAACUCAGUGGAGGUGCAUGGGAACGCUCCAGCGGGGAUGGAGAAGAACUUGAGAGACUUACCAAGCAAGACAGUGAUCAUGAUUCAGAAGAAGAGGCCUUAUAGUGUGGGUUUGGAUUCUUGAAGUUCAUGCACUUCUUAUCAAGAAAUGAAAUUUUAUACUAUGGGAUGGGGGGGGCAGACUUUUCCAUGACAAACAGAUGGAAGGUUCUUUUCCUUUUUUCACUAAGUUGGGAUUUUACUUUUUUUCAUCAAGCUGUGCAAGGUAAUACAUUAGCUCCUAUGAAAGGGACUUGAAAGGGGAAGGAUAUAUUCAUGAAGGAUAAGGCGGUCAAUAGCUGCUAGUGAAGACUAUAUGCUACCUCCAGGAUCAAAGGCAGCACACGCCUCUGAAUGCCUGUUAGGGAAUAGCAGUAGGAGAGUGCUAUUAUCCUCAUGGCCUGCUUGUGGACUUCUCAUGGUCAUCUGGUUGGCCACUGUGGGAAUAGGAUGCUGGACUAGAUAGACCUUUAGUCUGAUCCAGCAGAGCUGCUCUUAUGUACUUUAUCCCAUUAGAGUAAAGAAUUCCUUCAGAAUGAAAUAUAAGAAAACAUGAAUGCUGCUGAAGUUGACCGAGGUACCUCAGUUCAGAGUGGAUGUAAAGGAAGAAUAAAUAGAUAUAGCCAUGGAAGCUGUCCAUCUUACAGUAUUCUGGAGGCACAGCUCUCAAAAGUAUUUGUUGUAUGCCACAAACACAGGGAUGAAGCAAUGACAUUUACUUAUGUGUGGGGUGCUUUACACAUUAAGUAUUGGCAAAUGGGUCUUUGCCAUCAUAUAUAUAUGCUGUGGGAAGCAUAUGGCCAGUCAUGAUCCCUGGAUGCUUAUACCUCUGUGAUUUGCACAGUUGAAAAAGUGCAUUUGUCACGUGUACAACUGUGUCUUUAGAUGUACAGUUAAAAUGUUUUAUAGGAGCAGCUUAGAAAUGUAAUGUGUAAGGUAUCCCUCAGUGGUGGAUGCAGUUGCAAUAUGUUAGUCUACAGCCUUACUGAUUCCUCAUCAUAUACGCUCCUGGGAUUGUAUGGUGCUAUGUUUUACAUUGCAUAUUAUGUGUCCGUAUUCUUGAGCAUGAGAGUUGUCAUUGGGAUAUCUAGUGCAUCCUGUGAAGCAGAAGGGGGGUGUUGUUGGACUCCCAACUUCCAUCAGCCCCAGCCAGAAUGGCCAAUGGUAAGGGAUGAUAGAGUUGUAGUCCAGCAAUAUUUGGAGGUCCCUUGCUCUUUGGGCUCAAUUUUCUCCCCCAUCAUCACAAAUUAAAAUAGCCAUCCCACUGAUUUAUCCUUAGAAGCAAUGAUCUGGUUUACAUUAUCAAAUGCUGAAUUAGAAAGAGACAACACGCAUGGGCUCUUUGCACUUGCGUGCAGCCCUUUUAUGUGAGCAGCAAACCAAACUAGGAAGCUGCAGUUGAUCAUCGUUUCCCAUUAUGCCCAGUCUACAUCACUAACUGGUUAAUGGCUUCCAAAUAAGCUGGGAUUUGAAAGCCAACUUUAAACCAUGGCUUCAUAUUCUACAUUCUUUGGAAGCUGUUAACCAUAUUUUCCUAGUUUGAAUGUAACAGGAAGCUGUGGUUAACUGCAACUUCCUGGCUUGUCUCCUCGCUCAUUUGAUGAAGGGGCUGCAUGCAGGUGCACAGAGCUCAUGCAUAUUCUGGUAUCUUAAACCAGGAUUUGAUCACUUGAAUUUGGGCAUUAUGUCAAAAUGAGUAUUACUAGUUUUUUGUGGUGGCAGUAUGUCAUUGACAUAACAAUGACAUUGUUCAUUGAAACUUAAGUACCAAUACCACUGGUAUUCUAACGUCAUUAUUACAAAAUAGAACUUCUAUGUAUUAAGGUGAAUUUUCCCAUGACUGUAAACACAAAACUCUAAAAAUGUCCUGUGUUUGCAAAAUAUGCCAUCAAGAUCAACCUUGCAGGGCUAAUAUUAAAACAUGUAACACUCUGCAAAGUAUUUUACAAACCUGUCUGCUUGAAUGCUGUUCUGCCAGAAAGUGGCUUGAGUAGUGUGUUGAAAUGGUGGCCAAGCUACACAUCCCAAAGUCAUCGCUAUGUUCCCUGGGUGAAACACUAAUGGCAAACUGGUCAGGAAUAUUUAUAAGCCAGAUGUUGCAUAUAUAGCAGAUAGAGGCCUUUUCUCAGGACAGGAGCACCUUUUCCUAGGUGAUGGAAGUAGCUAGUGCAGCCCACACCUCAUCUCUAACCAUGUCCCUGAUGAGGACUCUACUUCCAGGUUAUGUAGUUGGAAUGUCAAUACCUCAAUAAAAGCGAUAUUAUUUUCCCUUCAAAUUCCUUACAGCACUCAAAGAGGCAUCACAGAUAAUGACCCGUUAGUUUGCCACUUAAAAUGGUAAACUGGAGUGCCUCUCCAUAUUGUGAUUGACUUUGGCCUAAGUCCCCAGUCUGCCUUUUGUCCCUUGCUGUUAUCUCGUGUCUUCCCCUUUAAUGCCUAUGUGUCUGUAAAACCGCAGCAUAGCGACAAGAGAUACACAAAGAGGGAUAUGAUAAAAUGCAAGAAAAAAAUAAUGCUGCAGACAUAGCCUUAGAAAUGUAAUAAUGCAUGCAACCCUUUCUGUGUAUAUGAUUUGAGGAAAUGUGUGUUUUGGAAUUUAUGUGGGAUUUAUUCAGCACUGGAACUAAAACAAUAUAUAAAGAAAAUAGUAUGAAUAGAAAUGAGGGGGUGUAUUCAACUAAGUCCUACUCAGAGUAGACCCAUAGAAGUUAAUGAAUUUAAGUUAGUCCUGUCUGUUCACUUCAGUGGGUCUACUCUGAGUAGGACUAGCACUGAAUACUACCCAGAGGGUGGGGAUUAAGAAGUUCUGUGUGGUUUUUUUGGCCCAAUAUUAUUUGGAAAUCUUGGUAAGGCUUGAAUUGUCACAACUUCAGUUUUACAAUUCCAGCCCUAGUCCACAUUUGCAAAAAAAAAAAGUGGGGUAGGCAGAAUCACAGGUACUGAUUGUGCAGAAGUGUUGAAAGGUGUAAUGUCUGACAAAUACUCCAGUACGUGGUGAUAUGAUAAUGUAAGCUGCUGCUAUUAACUGCACAAAUAAUGACCCAUAUUUUUGUUGUCCAUGGAUGGAAAGAUCCAGUUUCAUCGGGCAACUCUGGCUAUUUUAUGACACUCCUGAAACUCAAAAGUAUCUUGGAACAAGUCUUAAGGGAGCAUCCCUUUGAACCUGGCUUAUCAUUAUGUUAACAGUGAUUGAAAUAAGGGUAUAUUUCUUCUAGUAUAACAGCAGCUUUGGAACAGGUGUGGUUUGAUUGCCCUUUAGCUCUUCAUUUACAUUUGUCAUAGCCUUGCUGGUUACUGAAGAUACUUGUUCUAAUAUGUGCUGAUGUAAAAGGACAUGAACUCCCUAAUAUCUGCUGUUGGUUUGUUGUUGUUAUUUGAGUCCAUUCAUGAAAGAACUCUGCUGAUUCCCUUAGAGUGCCUGGGGUUAACUAAAACAUGGGACCUCUUUGUGGCGUUUGAAUUGUUUUACAGUCUAUACUCAGAAUGCCACAUGGCCAAAUAAAGUGCAGUGUACUAACAAAUUGAAUGGAUUUUGGAUUUGUGUGUGUAUAUGUACGUAGAAGAGGCAUGAAGAAAGAGUAUAUUU